AUGGAUAUGUUCAGUCUUGGCCAGGGCAACAACACCACGGCGUCCCAGGAGCCCUUUGGGACAGGCGGCAACGUUACUGGCAUCUCCGACGUGACCUUCAGCUACCAAGUGAUCACCUCUUUGCUUCUGGGCACGCUCAUUUUCUGCGCGGUGCUCGGCAAUGCCUGCGUGGUGGCUGCCAUCGCCCUGGAGCGCUCCCUCCAGAAUGUGGCCAACUAUCUCAUCGGCUCCUUGGCGGUCACCGAUCUCAUGGUGUCAGUGCUGGUGCUGCCCAUGGCUGCUCUGUACCAGGUGCUCAACAAGUGGACUCUGGGUCAGGUCACCUGCGACCUGUUUAUCGCCCUGGAUGUGCUGUGCUGCACCUCGUCCAUCCUGCACCUGUGCGCCAUCGCGCUAGACAGGUACUGGGCGAUCACCGACCCUAUAGACUACGUGAACAAGAGGACGCCCCGGCGCGCCGCUGCGCUGAUCUCGCUCACUUGGCUCAUUGGCUUUCUCAUCUCCAUCCCGCCCAUGCUAGGCUGGCGCACCCCGGAAGACCGCUCGGACCCCGACGCGUGCACCAUCAGCAAGGACCACGGCUACACCAUCUACUCCACUUUCGGCGCUUUCUAUAUCCCUCUGCUGCUCAUGCUGGUUCUCUAUGGGCGCAUCUUCCGAGCCGCGCGCUUCCGAAUCCGCAAAACUGUGAAGAAGGUGGAAAAGAAGGGAGCAGGCACCAGCCUCGCCACGUCGUCGGCCCCGCCCCCCAAGAAGAGCCUGAACGGACAGCCAGGUAGUGGGGACUGGAGGCUCAGCGCUGAGAACAGGGCUGUGGGGGCUGCAUGCGCUAAUGGCGCGGUGAGGCAGGGUGACGAGGACGCCACCCUGGAAGUGAUCGAGGUGCACCGGGUGGGUAACUCCAAAGAGCACCUGCCACUGCCCAGUGAGUCGGGGACUACCUCCUAUGCUUCCGCCUGCUUGGAGAGAAAAAACGAGCGGAAUGCUGAGGCAAAGCGCAAGAUGGCCCUGGCCCGUGAGAGGAAGACAGUGAAGACUCUGGGCAUCAUCAUGGGCACUUUCAUCCUUUGCUGGCUGCCCUUUUUCAUUGUGGCUCUGGUCUUGCCUUUCUGUGAGAGCAGCUGCCACAUGCCUGCGUUGUUGGGUGCCAUAAUCAACUGGCUGGGCUACUCCAAUUCCCUGCUCAAUCCAGUUAUUUAUGCUUAUUUCAACAAGGACUUUCAAAACGCGUUUAAGAAGAUCAUCAAGUGCAAGUUCUGCCGCCGAUGA